AUGCCUCUGUUGAAAAGGAAAGCAUUUGAGAAAUCAACGGCGUCGGAGUACCUCCGCGAUGAAGAUGAGGUCUUCCAUUGCGAGAUCACCGACGAGAUAUUCAAGGAUUAUGAGGAGUACUGUGAGAGAAUCAUUUUGGUUAAUUCAAUGGUGUGGACAUGUGAGAUGACUGGGAAAAACAAUUUAACGUACUCAGAAGCUUUAAGCAGUGAGAAAGCAGCCAGGAAAGCUCUUAAAGAUUUUCCUAUGGAACUGCGGAUCCCCAUACUAUACUUGGCUGUGAGAACAAAGCGGUGUUCUUUUGCUGAAAUGUCAGAGGAUGUGUUUAAUUUUGUGAGGGACAGAUACUUUGUUGGAGAGACAGUAGAGGCAUGCCUAGAGGGUGACCAUUGGAGUGAGGGUCAUAUCCUUUCAGUGACAGCACAGAAGCAACAUCCAGACAGCAAAACCAUAUUACCAUCAGCAGCAUACUGUUAUGAGGUGGAGCAAUAUGACCAGUCAGACCCAUCUGCCUCGGGUCAGAUCGGCACAGCUCCCUUCGACCGCGUGCGUCGACGUAAAGGCGUGUACACACGUGACAAAAAUCGUCUUUUCCUCAAACAGUUUGUCGAGAUUGGACCAGGUGGCAUUAUCAGUAUUAAGCAAUCAACAUUAGAAAAAUACAGCAUAAGCAAAGUAAGCUUCAGUCAAAUAUUUACUGGCAACCCACCUGACUUUGCUCUGUCUAAGAAACUUCUCAAGUCUCCGUCACCAAACAAACCACAGUCCAAGCCGGGGUCAGCUAACAAGGUGAACAAAUCCCUGAAGAAACCUAGCCCUGAUAAGAGAGGCCAGCAAUCUAUGGACAAGUUUGUGAAGAAGACUGAUAAAGCCGAAGUUCAAAAAGCGAAACCUCCAGCAGACCCGGCAGCUAAAAAGAGCGCACAAGAGUUAGCAGAAAAGAUGCGCAAAGCUGAAGACCAGUUACGACAGCGGAAAGAAGAGGAGAGAAUAAAAAAGAAGGAAAAGACUGCCCGGUUGCAGGCUUAUAUGAAAGAGUGGCAGAAGGUCAAGGAUGAUAUGGAAUUAGAAGACCAAAGGAUUAUACCAAAAGGCACUUUGAUAGAAGUAGAGGGUAUACCACAUCAGCAUUUCGGCGACUUCCUCUCCGUUCUCGAGUUCGUGCAAAUGUACUCUGACAUUCUGAAAGUCAAAGACGUGUUCCACAACCAGCUGGAUCUGGAGACAUUUCGAAAGGCUUUGACUGUCAAGGAGCACGCUGGAAUGUUCAGUGACUUGAUACAGAUGUUCUUGACUACUGUAUUCUCGUUGCAAGAAGAUGAGGCUGAAGAGUAUAAUGAGAAUGGUGGAAUUCUACUUUCUACUGAGGACAAAGAAGUGGACAGUGAGAUGGGUGUCACUAAAGCAGUGGAACUGGCCACUAAAGCCAGCAAAUGGUCACAAACAUACCUGGGCACACCGCUCAGUAAACUACCUCUCGACCCGACCACAGUUAGUGAAGUGUUAAGGCUGCACCUGCUGUCGUCGGGGUCUGCGGCGGGCGGGCGCUGCGCCACGUGGCGCUACCACCAGCGCGGCGGCUACACCAGCGCCGACGACGCCGGCCUGCGCCUGCGCGUGGCGCACCCGCACCUGCUGCGCCUGCUCGCCUCCACGCACGUCGCGGACCUGCCGCUCGAGGAUAAGUUCCUGAUUCUGCAGUGUCUAAUGAACCAAAUACUUAGCUACGCUACAGUGCGUGAUGUCGUGGAAGAAAAACUUGAAGAGUUGAAAAACGCCAAACAAGCGCUUAGAAUGCAUCAGAUAAAUGAGCGGAAACGUGAAGUACAAGUCCAGGCCUCUAAACAAGAGCUACGGAAAGAAGCUGCACUCAAGAAGGAGGAAAACAAAUUAGUCGGCGAAAAGGCGAGAGUCGUGGACGAGGAGACCAAGGCCGCCAUAGACAAACUUACUGCAGAGAACGAGGAAAAGAGAAAAGAGUACGAGAAGAAGUUGAAAGAGUUACAGAUAGAGUUGUUUGAUUUUACUUCAUAUGUUGGGUCGGACCGCGCGUUCCGGCGCUACUGGGUGGGGCGCGGCGUGGCGGGGCUGUUCGCGGAGGCGGGCGGCGAGGCGCGCGGCGCGUGCACCAAGCCCGUGGCGCAGCUGCCGCCCGCCGCCGCCGCCGACACGCUCGCGCACGUCACCAAGCUCUUCGAGGCGCAGCGGGAGCGAGCUGGCAGUGACAAAGAAAACGAGUCGGGUGCAAACUCGCGGGGCAGUUCUCCUAAAAAGCCUCUAACAAAUUUAAAUGGUCUUUCACACAAGUUGAACGGCUUGGAGUCAACCACACAACAGUUGAGGGAUCUACUCAUGUGUACAGGCGACAUUAACUCGUGCUAUGUUCAUGGCAAGGCGGAACGGCCACGUUGGGUUGUGUACCACACAGAAGAACAACUGGAUGGUCUCAUCCAGUCACUCAACAAGCGUGGGCUUCGCGAGAGCGAACUGCGCCAGAACCUGGAACAGGAUCGCGCGAACCUCCUCCACCACAUCAGCAGGUGUCCCGUUCACCUGCUUAACCCUGCUGCUGCAUCUUCACCGCCACCUCCAACGCAUCAUAACACCCGACACAGAAAGUUCCAGCCCUCGCUAAAUGUGCCUCCCGACAGUUCAUUAUCGGAGGCGUUAGAAUUGUCACUCAGAGACCACAUUCUUGAGCUGGAGGAAAAAAUAUUCCACGGGUGUUUAGGUUCAUUGAAAGUUAAGGACCGAGAAGCGUGGCGAGGAACAAUAAUGCUACGUGGUUACGACAAACAGGCUGACUAUUUGACUUGGGGACCGGACAAGCAGUACAGAGAUGACUAUCACCUGCCCAAUGGAGUACUGAAAAUGCCUAGUGACAUAGAAGAAGAGGACAUAAAAUCAAUACCCAUAAACAAAUAUCGUGAUCCUGGGCACUACCUGGAGGUGCCGAAGGUCAACGGCGUGAAACUGGAGCCUGCUGCUGCGGACACUAAGGCCAAGCCUGACGUUGUUCGUGGUCUGGCUUCCGCCUUGCUGCAAGUCAGCCAGGCUAUACACCAAAAAUACCUCAAGAGACCGCUUGGUCUUGAUGAUAAAGAACGCAAAGAUCGUGAAGCCCGCAACAAACCUUUAGAAUUCGAUGCGUUGGCUCGAUGGGAGGUUUCCCUCAUGGAAUGCCGGAGCUUCGCCCAAAUAGUCCUGCACCUCUUCACUUUGGACUCCAGCGUGACCUGGUCAGCCAGCAUAUUGAACGCCAGCUGUCGAUUGUGUAGGAGGAAGACUGAUCCUGAUAAUAUGCUGUUGUGUGAUGGAUGCAAUAAAGGACAUCACUUAUAUUGUCUGAAACCUAAGUUAACGAAAGUACCUGAAGGCGAUUGGUUCUGUGAGCAGUGUAAGCCAAAAGAACGAACACCCAGGAAAAGAAGGAAGUUGUUCUCAGAUGAUGACAUGGAGGAAGAGUUGGAAGAAGGGUCGUGCGUGGUGGAGGUGUGCGCGUCGUGCGGGUCGGGCGGCAGCCUGCGCGUGUGGUGCUCGGGCUGCGCCGCGCGCCUGCACGCCGAGUGCGCGCCCCGCGCCGCGCGCGCCGCCCGCCGCUGGCUCUGCGACCGCUGCUGCGCGCCCACCAGAGAGACGUCGAGCCGGCGCUGCGCCGCCACGGCCAUCAACAACAUCCACCAGUACACGCGCGCGCUCGACUCGCGGCGGAACUCCUCCGAGUCGGACGACAGCGAGUACAACACGGCGCUGGUGAAACUGAAGACUCGGAAGUCCAGGAGUAGCAAGGAGUCUUCGCCUGUACAGAAUGGAACAGCGAAACGAGGCAGAAAACCAAAAAGUGAAGAAACGAACACAAGUUCCGGCAGAAGAUCACAAAAGAACUCGCUCACAAAUGGUCAUCAUGAGGACACAAAGAGCAGUCGCAAGCGCAGCAGCCGGCACGACGCGGCGCUGCACGCCGAGCGGUGGCACGCGCUGCUGCGGGACGUCAUGAAGCACAAGGACUGCUGGCCCUUCUACGAGCCCGUCUCCACUGAAGAUGUCCCAGAUUACCUGGAAGUGAUAGAUCAGCCCAUGGACUUCACGACAAUAAAGACUAAGUUAGACAACGAGGAGUACACAACAGACGAAGAGUUCAUCAAUGAUGCCGUGCAGGUGUUCAUCAACUGUUACACAUAUAACAAGGACACACAUCCUGUAGCUAGGGCCGGCAACCGUUUAGAAAAAUAUUUCAACAAGCGAUGCACAGAAUUAGAGUUGCAACCCCUCCCGGAAAUCGAAUUGGAAUUCGAGGAAGCCACAAAGCGAUCGCGGUCCUCGACCGACGAGGAGGCGCCGCAGCCCAAGCGCGCCAAGCUCAAGUGA